AUGGGUGGUGUGGUCACUGUGUCAACAAGUUGGCUGUGCAGGGUUCUCCGAGUGCCCACGUGGAAGGGCUCCAGUAGAACGCACUCACCCUGGGCGCUGGCGGGGGGAACGCACUCACCCUGGGCGCCGGCGGGUCACGGGCGCGGGGCCUCUGCUUCCCUGUUGGAGCAGCUCUGGGCCCCUGCAGCCACUCUGGGGGGGGCACGGGGCGGCGGAGGUCGCCCACGUGUGAGCACCCUAGGGGAACGCACUCACCCUGGGCGCCAGCGGGUCACAAGCACGGGGUCUCUGCUCCCCAAUGCCAACGGUUAUUAUGACAAGAUCUUGGCACAUAGCCGUAUCAGAGGCAGGGACCAGGGUCCAAAUGUGUGUGCCCUUCAACAGAUUUUGGGCACCAAAAAGAAAUAUUUCAGUACAUGCAGGAAUUGGUAUCAAGGUUCCAUCUGUGGAAAGAAAACGACUGUAUUAUAUGAAUGCUGCCCAGGUUAUAUGAGAAUGGAGGGAACAAAAGGCUGUCCAGCAGUUAUGCCUAUUGAUCAUGUUUAUGGGACACUGGGCAUUGUGGGAGCCACCACCACACAGCACUACUCUGAUGUCUCAAAACUGAGGGAAGAGAUUGAAGGAAAAGGAUCAUUCACUUACUUUGCACCAAGUAAUGAGGCCUGGGACAACUUGGAUUCUGUUAUUCGUAGAGGUUUGGAGAACAAUGUCAAUGUUGAAUUAUUGAAUGCUUUACAUAGCCACAUGGUUAAUAAGAGAAUGCUGACUAAGGACUUGAAAAAUGGCAUAAUUGUUCCUUCAAUGUAUAACAAUUUGGGGCUUUUUAUCAAUCAUUAUCCCAAUGGGGUUGUCACUGUUAACUGUGCUCGCAUCAUUCAUGGGAAUCAAAUUGCAACAAAUGGUGUUGUACAUGUUAUUGACCGUGUCCUUACACAAAUUGGUACUUCAAUUCAAGACUUCAUUGAAGCAGAGGAUGAUCUUUCCUCCUUUAGGGCAGCAGCUAUCACAUCUGAUAUAUUGGAGACUUUGGGAAGGGAUGGUCACUUUACACUCUUUGCGCCUACCAAUGAAGCUUUUGAGAAACUUCCGCGAGGUGUCCUACAAAGGAUUAUGGGAGACAAAGUGGCUUCUGAAGCGCUCAUGAAGUACCAUAUUUUAAACACUCUCCAGUGUUCUGAAGCUAUCAUGGGAGGUGCAGUCUUUGAGACCCUAGAAGGAAACACAAUUGAGAUAGGAUGUGAUGGUGACAGCAUAACUGUAAAUGGAAUCAAAAUGGUUAACAAAAAGGACAUUGUGACAAAUAAUGGUGUUAUACAUUUGAUAGAUGAGGUCCUCAUUCCUGAUUCUGCCAAACAAGUUAUUGAGCUGGCUGGAAAUCAGCAAACCACUUUCACAGACCUAGUGGCUCAGUUAGGCUUGGCAUCUGCUCUGAAACCAGAUGGAGAAUAUACUCUUCUGGCUCCAGUGAACAAUGCAUUUUCUGAUGAUACACUGAGCAUGGAUCAGCGCCUUCUUAAAUUAAUUCUGCAGAAUCACAUUUUAAAAGUAAAGGUUGGCCUUAAUGAGCUUUACAAUGGGCAAAGACUUGAGACCAUUGGAGGCAAACAGCUUAGAGUCUUCGUAUACCGUACAGCUGUCUGCAUUGAAAAUUCUUGCAUGGUGAGAGGUAGCAAGCAAGGAAGAAAUGGUGCUAUUCACAUAUUUCGAGAUAUCAUCAAACCAGCAGAUAAAUCUCUUCAUGAAAAAUUAAAACAAGAUAAGCGCUUCAGCAUAUUCCUCAGUCUACUUGAAGCUGCUGAUUUGAGAGAGCUCCUUACACAGCCUGGAGAUUGGACCUUAUUUGUACCAACCAAUGAUGCCUUUAAGGGAAUGACUAAUGACGAAAAGGAAAUUCUGAUUCGUGACAAAAAUGCUCUUCAGAACAUCAUCCUUUAUCACCUAACACCAGGUGUUUUCAUUGGAAAGGGAUUUGAACCUGGUGUCACUAAUAUUCUAAAGACCACACAAGGAAGCAAAAUCUAUGUGAAAGGAGUAAACAAUACACUUCUGAUUAAUGAAUUGAAGUCAAAAGAAUCUGAUAUUAUGACAACAAAUGGUGUCAUUCAUGUUGUAGAUAAACUGCUUUAUCCAGCAGAUGCACCUGUUGGAAAUGAUCAACUGCUAGAAAUACUUAACAAGUUGAUCAAAUACAUCCAAAUUAAGUUUGUCCGUGGUAGUACUUUCAAAGAAAUUCCCAUGACCAUCUACAAACCAAUUAUUAAAAAAUACACAAAAAUAAUUGAUGGAAUACCUGUGGAAAUAACUGAAAAAGAGACCAGAGAAGAACGAAUCAUUGCAGGUCCUGAAAUAAAAUACACCAGGAUUACUACUGGUGGUGGAGAAACAGAAGAAACUCUCAAGAAAUUGUUGCAAGAAGAGGUCACCAAGGUCACCCAAUUCAUUGAAGGUGGUGAUGGUCAUUUAUUUGAAGAUGAAGAAAUUAAAAGACUGCUUCAGGGAGAUACACCCGUGAGGAAGAUACAAGCUAACAAAAGAGUUCAAGGAUCUAGAAGACGAUCAAGGGAAGGUCGUUCUCAGUGAAAAUCCAUGAAAGAGACAACAAAUAUAUAGAGCUUUAAGUCAAUAAGUUGGUCUUAAAGAAAAUUUUGAGAGCCAUUUUGAAUUCUAAAAAUGAACCAUCAAAACAAAAAAUCAAUUAUUGAAUAUUUACUACACAAAAAUUUUUUUCUUCUAAAUAAGAAAUAUGAGAAAAAAUGUAAAGCUAAUAUGUGUGGAAGGAAC